AUGGCCAAAGCGAAGAAAGCUCGUAAGCGGAGCUUGCCGGAUGCUUCCGCGGUGGGAGCACAAUCGGCCGAUCCCAAUCCGUUGGGGACAGCGGUCGACACCUUUCUCACGUCGCUCGCGGCGGACGAGCGCGACGGUUUCUUUGCGCCCACACUGGAUCCGGAACGGCGCGGGGCUAUUUGGAUGGAACAAGCAGAUGAGGGGGAACUUUGUGUCAAUCGAUGCAGUUGGGCGAUCCCGAGUCAACCCGCUUUGAAUGUUUUGCGUCACUUGGCUCCAAUCGUCGAGAUUGGCUGCGGGGCCAACGCGUACUGGUGUCGACUGGCGCGACAAGCGGGAAUCGAUGUGGUGGGCUACGAUAUGCAUCCGAAUCGGGGAGGGACGAUUUUGGCGGCAGCCACAGUGUCCGCCGCCAACGCCGGUUCGUUCCCGGUGCGUCGGGGCGGACCUUCGGUGCUCGCGCAGCCGGAAAACAAGGGUCGGACGCUCUUUCUCUGCUAUGCCGACGAAGACGUACAAGAGGGACGGGACGAGUCGGUGUCCAUGGCUGCCGAAUGUUUGAAGUAUUUCAGUGGAGAGUACGUGAUUCACGUGGGGGAACUGUACGGUGACACGCUUUCCAUGGAGCAAGCUCCGUGGGGCCGCUCGUCCAGCCCAGAGUUCCAACAACAACUCGCUGCGCAGUUCCACUGCGUACUGGAAAUGCAGUUGCCCAACUGGUUACACGUACGCGAUACGCUGAGCGUGUGGAAACGAUCGCAAACCUGUGCAAUUGUAUUCGCCGCGGAAGACGAAAAUGAUCAAGACGAAGAAGUGGAGUACCGUCACAUUCCGAUGGACGAACGCCUUCCACGCAACCGUGCUGCUCCGUUUCUGGAGCAUCUGCUACAAGAGAACGGGAAAGCUUCAGCGACUGAAACAGGAGGGACACCAUCCAAGACAGAAGAGUUGAAAAGACCCUCGCUCUCCCCGACGAAAAGGCAAUCCAAAAAGAAGCAAAGGCACCGAGAGGAGAAAGACAACCGUCACGAAUAUGAAUGCCCGUGGUGAGACUAAAUAUCUACGCAGUGUUAAUGUCAGUUCUU